AUGGAACUGCUUAAUUUCAUCUUCUUCUUCUCGGUUUUGUUUCUCCAUCGUGUUGCAGAUUCCACAACCAUAGGAUCCUGUGACCAAUGUCAUCGCCCCAAGGAAUUUGAUGUUACUACAUCUAGAAACCGAAAUUAUCCGGAUGAAAAGGAUAUUGAUAUAAUUGCAACGUAUAGCGAUGCUUCCGGUCAUAUUCGGCUUGCUAGGUUGAAAUUGAGGGACUUAUCGGAUUCCUGGGUUUGGGAAAACCCUAGUAAUGCUAACUCUGAACAACAAAAUUACUCCCAGGGAGGAAUGGAGUCAGUACAAACUGAUUCAAGAUUUGAAGACAAUCUCAAACACUCAGCAGAUGAACAUGAUCCUGAAGAAGGCUUUGCUCGAAUUCCCCAUUCCUCACCAAUGACUCCGGCGAAGAUCAAGCGCCGGAUAAUGCGUCUGGAAAGAAGAAAAGCUCGUGCUGCUGAACUUAGUCAGCAAAACAAAGAAAUGGACAAUCGUAUUGUAUCAGCAGCAAUUGAACGCUCCAAAGGAUUUGAUACCACUAUCACUGGAAAGUAUAGUAUAUGGAGGAAAGAAUAUGAAAACCCAAAUUCUGAUUCAACUCUUAAACUCAUGCGAGACCAAAUAAUAAUGGCCAAAGCUUAUUCCAAUAUUGCAAAGUCUAAGAACAAAACUACUCUUUAUGAAGCUCUUGUCAAACACUCCAGAGAUAGUAAACUAGCUAUUGGAGAUGCAAAUUCUGAUGCCGAGCUUCAGACUGGAGCACUUAAUUGGGCAAAAGCUAUGGGUCACGUUCUUUCUGUAGCAAAGGACCGACUUUAUGACUGCAUUGUAGUGGCAAGGAAGUUAAGGGCGAUGCUUCAAUCAACCGAAAAUAGAGUGAAUUUGCAGAAGAAAAGAAGUGCAUCCUUGAUUCAGCUAGCUGCUAAAACAGUGCCUAGACCACUGCAUUGUCUUCCCCUGCAACUUGCAGCUGAUUAUUACCUACAGGGCUAUCAUAAGAAAGGAAAUCUUGGCAAGGAAAAGAUUGAAGACCCAUCUCUUUACCACUAUGCUAUCUUUUCUGAUAAUGUACUGGCUGCAUCCGUGGUUGUUAAUUCUACUGUGCAAAAUGCAAACAAGCCUGAGAAGCAUGUAUUCCAUAUAGUAACUGACAAAUUAAAUUUCCCAUCAAUGAGAAUGUGGUUUCUCAUCAACCCUCCUUCUAAAGCAACCAUUGAAGUUCAGAAUAUUGAUGAUUUCAAGUGGCUGAAUUCCUCGUAUUGUUCUGUUUUACGUCAACUUGAAUCAGCAAGAAUCAAGGAGUAUUACUUUAAAGCCAAUCAUCCUUCCUCUCUCUCUGCUGGUUCUGACAAUCUAAAAUAUAGGAAUCCCAAAUAUUUGUCAAUGCUGAAUCACUUAAGGUUCUACCUUCCCGAAGUUUAUCCAAAAUUGAACAAAAUUCUAUUUUUGGAUGAUGACAUUGUCGUGCAGAAAGAUUUGACACCUCUUUGGUCAAUUGAUUUGAAAGGUAUGGUGAUCGGUGCAGUAGAGACAUGCAAGGAGAGCUUCCAUAGGUUUGAUAAAUACCUAAAUUUUAGUAAUCCACUGAUCUCCAAUAAUUUCAGUCCCGAUGCAUGUGGUUGGGCAUUUGGCAUGAAUGUCUUUGACUUGAAGGAGUGGAAGAAACGAAAUAUCACCGGAAUCUAUCAUCGGUGGCAAGAUUUGAAUGAGGAUAGAACCCUCUGGAAGCUUGGAACCUUACCCCCAGGCUUAAUCACCUUUUAUAAUCUGACCUAUCCGCUAGAUCGGGGUUGGCAUGUUUUGGGACUUGGCUAUGAUCCGGCUCUGAACUUAACGGAGAUAGAGAAUGCCGCUGUUGUUCACUAUAACGGAAACUACAAGCCAUGGUUAAAUCUUGCUGUUUCCAAGUAUAAAUCGUUCUGGUCCAAAUAUGUUAUGUUUGACAAUCCAUAUCUUCAAGUUUGCAACCUCAGUGAAUAG